ACGGCCACCGGGGAUGCCAGCUGGGCUUCUUCGACCCGGAGCCUUCUCAGCCAGCCACGAGGCUGCGGCCCAGGAGGCGCGCACCGGAGCCCAGCUCUGGCCCGGCCCUCUCGCUAUGCAUUAAGCGUCUAGUGCGGGGGCAUCGUCGUGGGGGGCGGAGGCAGGCAAAGAAAAGCUCAAAACAAAGGCCCUUUCUCCCCCCGCCCGCGUACUGUUUGCGGUGUUAGCAGCUGCGAGGUGGUCUUGUGAUUACUUGGGUUGGGGAGGCUGGCUCGAAUCCUCCUCUUUACACAACCCCGGGCUGUGAUCAGUUUGGGCGUUUAGAGAGAAAUCAGCUGUUCUGGUGCUGAUCCUGAUGCUGGUUAGUUAUAGCUUAGAUUCUUGUUUAACUGUUUUGUUCCUCAACGAGGGGAUUUUACUAACUUUUAAUUAUAUACUGCAAAGUUGGGCUGUAAGUUGAGAAAAUCUUUGAAAGCAGGAAAUGCUAUACAAUUGCAAGAGGGUUAUUGUAUAAUGGUGAUUAAUAUUCCAGUGCUAUUAGGGAAGGAGGAAAAACUCCAGGCAUUUCUGGAAAGAGAUACUGGCUUGAAAAGGUAAGUUCUUUGAAUAGCGUUUUGCUGAUGAAGUUCGAAUCUAGCUGUGGCUUGUUUGAUCUAAUAGACUGGCCAUAACUGAAGGAGACUACUGUGCGAGGAGUUAGUAUAGUCUUCUUGGGCCGUUUACCACCUGUAUUACUUUUUUUGAUUAGUUGCUUUUUUCCCCCUUUUGCUAAGGAAGAUUCGUCCUGAGCUAACAACCGUUCUAGUCUUCCUCUAAUUUUUAGUAUGUGGGCCACCACCACAGCAUGGCCACUAAUAGGGAUGUAGAUCUGCACCGAGAACCCAACUGGCGGCAGGAGCCAUUGAUGCUGAGCUUAACCACUAGGCUGCAGACAUUUGUUGAGUGCUCUUUGGGUGCCAGGCGCUGUGCUUAAUGCUUCACAUCUGUCUCAUUUAAUUGUCUUCAUAAUGUUCCUGUGAGAUCCUGCGCCAGUUCAACUUAUAGUUCAGUUUUUGGAACAAGCUUCCAAACCUUCAGUUAAUGAACAAAACCAGGUUCAACCUCCACCUGAUAACAAGAGAAAUCGUAUUUUAAAGCUACUUGCUCUUAAAGUUGCUGCCCAUUUGAAGUGGGACUUAGACAUAUUAGAGAAAAGUUUGUCUGUUCCAGUAUUGAAUAUGCUGCUGAAUGAACUGCUGUGCAUCAGUAAAGUUCCUCCUGGGACAAAGCAUGUAGACAUGGAUCUGGCCACUUUACCUCCAACCACUGCCAUGGCUAUACUUCUCUACAAUCGAUGGGCAAUUAGGACAAUUGUUCAAAGUAGUUUUCCUGUCAAACAGGCGAAACCUGGACCUCCUCAGUUAAGUGUUAUGAAUCAGAUGCAACAGGAGAAAGAGCUAACAGAAAAUAUUUUGAAAGUGCUAAAAGAACAAGCUUCUGAUUCUAUUUUGGUACUAGAAGCAGCCCUUACAUUAAACAAAGAUCUGUAUGUCCACACGAUGAGAACACUGGAUUUGUUGGCCAUGGAACCAGGCGUGGUAAAUGGAGAAACUGAGAGUUCUCCUGCUGGACUGAAGAUCAAAACUGAGGAGAUGCAGUGCCAGGUAUGUUAUGAUUUGGGCACUGCAUACUUCCAGCAAGGCUCUGCAAAUUCAGCUAUCUAUGAAAAGGCCAGAGAAAAAUUUUUUAGAACCAAAGAACUAAUUUCAGAGAUAGGUUCAUUAUCUCUUCAUUGUACCAUAGAUGAGAAGCGGUUAGCUGGCUAUUGUCAAGCAUGUAAUGUUCUUGUACCUUCUUCUGAUAGUACCUCUCAACAGUUGACUCCAUAUAGUCAAGUCCAUAUUUGUUUGAGAUCUGGCAACUAUCAGGAAGUUAUAAAGAUUUUCAUUGAAGAUAACUUAACCUUCAGUUUACCUGUCCAGUUCCGGCAGUCAGUACUAAGAGAACUCUUCCAGAAAGCUCAACAGGGAAGUGAAGCUCUAGAUGAAAUCUGUUUUAAAGUCUGUGCCUGUAACACAGUCCGUGAUAUAUUGGAAGGCAGAACAAUUAGUGUUCAAUUUAACCAGCUAUUUCUCACACCUAAUAAAGAGAAAAUCGACUUUCUUCUUGAGGUAUGUUCAAGAUCAAUAAAUUUAGAAAAAGCUUCAGAUUCUUUGAAAGGAAACAUGGCUGCUUUUCUAAAGAAUGUGUGUCUGGGGUUGGAAGAUCUGCAGUAUGUUUUCAUGAUUUCUUCACAUGAGCUUUUCAUUACAUUGUUGAAAGAUGAAGAACGGAAACUACUUAUUGACCAGAUGAGGAAGAGAUGCCCUAGAGUAAAUCUGUGUAUUAAACCUGUGACCUCAUUUUAUGAUAUCCCAGCCUCAGCAAGUGUCAACAUUGGCCAAUUGGAGCAUCAGUUGAUAUUAUCAGUGGAUCCCUGGAGGAUUCGACAGAUUUUAAUUGAAUUACAUGGUAUGACUUCAGAGCGCCAGUUCUGGACAGUGUCUAAUAAGUGGGAAGUACCUUCUGUCUAUAGUGGUGUUAUCCUGGGAAUUAAAGACAGUUUAACAAGAGAUUUGGUUUACAUUCUCAUGGCCAAAGGUUUACACUGCAGUACUGUUAAGGACUUUUCCCACGCUAAACAGCUGUUUGCUGCGUGUUUGGAGUUGGUAACAGAGUUCUCACCAAAGCUUCGUCAGGUCAUGCUGAAUGAGAUGCUGCUUUUGGAUAUUCAUACACACGAAGCUGGAACAGGGCAGUCAGGAGAGAGACCUCCUUCUGAUCUGAUUAGUAGGGUGCGGGGAUAUCUGGAAAUGAGGCUUCCUGAUAUUCCUCUUCGUCAGGUUAUUGCUGAGGAGUGUGUUGCUUUUAUGUUAAACUGGAGGGAAAAUGAAUACCUUACACUGCAAGUUCCUGCAUUUCUGCUUCAGAGUAAUCCCUAUGUAAAGCUUGGACAGCUUUUAGCAGCUACAUGCAAAGAACUUCCAGGCCCUAAAGAAAGUAGACGGACGGCUAAAGACCUUUGGGAAGUAGUUGUUCAGAUCUGUAGUGUGUCCAGUCAACACAAACGAGGAAGUGAUGGCAGAGUUAGUUUAAUAAAGCAGAGAGAAUCUACGUUAGGUAUAAUGUAUCGGAGUGAACUGCUUUCUUUUAUCAAAAAAUUACGGGAACCAUUGGUUUUGACUAUUAUUUUGUCACUCUUUGUGAAACUUCACAAUGUUCGGGAGGACAUUGUGAAUGAUAUUACAGCUGAACACAUUUCUAUUUGGCCAUCCUCCAUUCCCAACCUCCAGUCAGUGGACUUUGAAGCUGUGGCGAUCACGGUGAAAGAGCUGGUCCGGUAUGCCCUUGCUAUAAAUCCAGGCAACCACUCCUGGCUGCUCAUCCAGGCAGAUAGUUAUUUUGCAACAAAUCAGUAUUCAGCAGCUCUUCACUAUUACCUCCAGGCUGGAGCUGUGUGUUCAGAUUUCUUUAAUAAGACUGUGCCCCCUGAUGUUUAUACAGACCAGGUUAUAAAACGAAUGAUAAAGUGCUGUUCUUUGCUGAAUUGCCACACACAGGUGGCAAUUUUAUGUCAGUUCCUCAGAGAAAUUGACUACAAAACAGCUUUUAAAUCACUGCAGGAACAAAACAGUCAUGAUGCUAUGGACUCCUACUAUGACUACAUAUGGGAUGUUACCAUUUUGGAAUACUUGACUUAUCUUCAUCAUAAAAGAGGAGAAACAGACAAAAGACAAAUUGCGAUCAAAGCUAUCGGCCAGACAGAAUUGAACGCAAGCAACCCAGAAGAAGUGUUACAGCUGGCAGCACAGAGAAGGAAAAAAAAGUUUCUCCAAGCAAUGGCAAAACUUUACUUUUAAGCAGUUAGUUAAUUUUUUAACUUUUAAACAAUGGGCUAAAAAUAAACAGGAUUAAGUUUAUAUAAUACAUAUGUA